UCAUAAACACCAUCAUCAUCAUCAACACCACCACCAUCAUCAUCAUCAUCAUCAUCAUCAACACCACCAUCAUCAUCAUCAACACCACCAUCAUCAUCAUCAUCAACACCACCAUCAUCAUUAUCAACACCACCAUCAUCAUCAUCAACACCACCAUCAUCAUCAUCAUCAACACCACCAACACCAUCAUCACCAUCAUCAACACCACCAUCAUUAUCAACACCACCAUCAUCAUCAUCAUCAACACCACCACCACCAUCACCAUCAUCAUCAUUAUCAACACCACCACCAUCAUCAUCAUCAACACCACCAACAUCAUCAUCAUCAUCAUCAACACCAUCAUCAUCAUCAACACCAUCAUCAUCAACGCCACCAUCAUCAUCAUCACCACCAUCAUCAUCAACGCCAUCAUCAUCAUCAUCAACGCCAUCAUCAUCAUCAUCAUCACCAUAAUCAUCAAUGCCAUCAUCAUCAUCAUCAUCAUCAUCAUCACCAUCAUCAUCAACGCCACCAUCAUCAUCAUCACCACCAUCAUUAUCAUCACCAUCAUCAUCAUUAUCAUCAUCAUCACCAUCAUCAUCAUCAACACCUCCAUCAUCAUCAUCACCAUCAUCAUCAUCAUCAUCAACACCUCCAUCAUCACCACCAUCAUCAUCAACACCUCCAUCAUCACCACCAUCAUCAUCAACACCACCACCAUCAUCAUCAUCACAACCACCAUCAUCAUCAUUAGCAACACCACUAUCAUUAUCAUCAUCAACACCACCAUCAUCAUCAUCAUCAUCAACACCACCAUCACCAUCAUUAUCAUCAUCAACACCACCAUCAUCAUCAUCAUCAUCAACACCACCAUCAUCAUCAUCAUCGUCAUCAUCACCACCUCCACCAUCAUCACCAUCACCACCAUCAUCAAUACCACCAUCAUCAUCAUCACCAACAUCAUUAUCAACACCAUCACCAUCAUCACCACCACCACCAUCAUUAUCAACACCACCCUCAUCAUCAUCAUUAUCAACACCACCCUCAUCAUCAUCAUCAUCAUCAUCAACACCACCAUCAUCAUCAUCAACACCACCAUCAUCAUCAUCAACACCACCAUCAUCUUCAUCAUCAACACCACCAUCAUCUUCAUCAUCAACACCACCACCAUCUUCAUCAUCAACACCAUCACCAUCAUCAUCACCACCACCAUCA